AUGAACAAAGUCGUCACACAUUGGAAUGGAAUUUACACAAACUUUGAGAAGCAAUGGGCUAGCGGAGAAAGUGAAACGAGUUUGUUGAAAAAAACGCACGCUGCAUUCCAAUAUGAUAUGCAAAAGUCUUUUAAGUUUAUUCAUGCGUGGGAAGUUGUCAAAAGAAGCAUUAGGUGGAGGGAACUUGCAACAGAUGAAGAAAUUGCAAAUCCGCCAAAAAGAAGUCGGACAUCUUCAUAUUCGAGCUCGCAACAAGUCUCAUCGAAUGAUCACGUAGGCGUUAAUCUUAAUGAUGAUAAUGACGACAUUGAAGAAAUACGUCCGCCUCCUCGUCCAAUGGGAAGGGACAAAACAAAAGCUCGAGCAAAAGGAAAAGGGAAAGCGACUUCUUCAAAUUCUUUGGUCGGAACCGAGCGGUCAGCCAGAUCGAAAGAAAUGAUGACACAAAUGGCACAAUUGAACUCAACUUUGGAGAAGCAUAUGGGUGAAACCGUCUGA